UAUACGACCAACACACAUCAAAGUUGCCGGUGAACGCAGCAGGCCAAGCAGCAUCUAUAGGAAGAGGCGCAGUCGACGUUUCAGGCCGAGACCCUUCGUCAGGACUAAUUGAAGGAAGAGUUAAAAAUGACGAGGAAUUUGUCUACAGGAAUCUUGAUCACAACACACCAGUUUUGCUGUCUCUGUCCAGAUAUUUAAGAAGUGGAACAAAGGGAUCAGUCGAUCAUCCUUCCUGUUCAGACUGUGGGGAGGGAUUCACUCAAUCAUCUGACUGACUGGCAUACCUGUCAUUUUACACAGGGGAACCCAAUCAUCUGCUCAGACAGUGGGAGUGGAUUCAGUUGAUCAUUUCACCUGAAGUUACAUCAUCAGGUUCACGCUGGGACAAGGCCAUUCACCUGUUCUGUGGGUGAGAAGGGAUUCAGUCAGUCUUCCCACCUGUGGACACCAGUCAGUUCACAGUGGGCAGAGGCUGGUCAUCUGCUGAAUUUGUGGGGAAGGAUUCACUUGGUCAUCUGACCAAAUGGCUCACCGGCGAGUUCACAACGGAGAGCAGCUGUUCACCUGCUUGGACUGUGGGAAUGGAUUCACCUCCUCAUCUAAACUGAAGAUACAUCAGCGAGUUCACACUGGAGAGAAGCCGUUCGCCUGCUCGGACUGUGGGAAGGGAUUCACUCGGUCAUCCAACCUAAUGGCACACCAGUCGGUUCACACCACUGAGCGGCCGUUCACCUGCUCGGACUGUGGGAAGGGAUUUACUUGCUCAUCCCAACUGAAAGUACAUCAGCGAGUUCACACUGGGGAGCGGCCGUUCACCUGCUUGAAUUGUGGGAAGGGAUUCACUAAAUCAUCUCACCUACUGAGACACCAGUCAGUUCACACCGGGGAGUGGCCAUUCACCUGCUCAGUCUGUGGGAAGGGAUUCACUGAAUCAUCUUCCCUACAGAGACACCAGUCAGUACACACUGGGAAGUGGCAGUUCACCUGCUCAGACUGUGGAAAGGGAUUCAAUCGGUCAUCUCACCUAGUGACACACCAGUCAGCCCACACAGGGAAAUGGCCGUUCACCUGCUCAGUCUGUGGGAAGGGAUUCAUUUUGUCAUCUCAACUGCAGGUACAUCAGCGAGUUCACACUGGGGAGAGGCCGUUCACCUGCUCAGAUUGUGGGAAGGGAUUCACUUGCUCAUCUCAUCUGAAGGUACACCAGCGAGUUCACACUGGGGAGCGGCCGUUCACCUGCUCAGACUGUGGGAAGGGUUUCACUUUGUCAUCUCAACUGAAGGUACAUCAGCGAGUUCACACUGGGGAGAGGCCAUUCACCUGCUCAGAAUGUGGGAAACGAUUCACUCAGUCAUCUCAACUGAAGGUACAUCAGCGAGUUCACACUGGGGAGAGGCCGUUCAACUGCUCAGACUGUGGGAAGGGAUUCACUUCGUCAUCUCAACUGAAGGUACAUCAGCGAGUUCACACUGGGGAGAGGCCGUUCACCUGCUCAAAGUGUGCGAAAGGAUUCACUCAGUCAUUUCAACUGAAGGUACAUCAGCGAGUUCACACUGGGGAGAGGCCGUUCACUUGGUCAGUGUGUGAGAAGGGAUUCACUCGGUCAUCUCAACUACAGAGACACCAGCGAGUUCACACCAGUAUCUCUGCAAGGAACCCCUCUGUUUCUGAGAAGAGGUCUCCAACUCUCAGUCAGGUGCUCGAUGCUUCCUUGUCACCAUCUCGUCUGCUCAGAUCAUUGGGAUGUCUCCCACGGAGGGUCAUACUCAUUCCACUGGUUAAUGUUUUCUUCCAUAGUGAUGAUUCAUUUUUCUGAGUUAGCCUCUCAUUUAAAUUUUCUGGUAUGUAUUUAUUAUCACGAUUGCAUGUACACUCAUGGAGUGCUGAAUUUUGUUCAUUUUUGAUGAAAAUAUAUACUUAGAAGUUUUAUCUGACUGUUGUGUGAUUACUUUUCUUCAUAUGUGUUAUUUCUCUUCCUCCUUCUGUCCAAGGUUAUGUUAAUUUAAGUGGGUUUGAGUGUAAAUAGUCUUUUCUAAAGUUCUUAUUUAUCUUUGUAAAAUUUACUGAUUGAAAUGGGACCAAGAUAUUUUUAUUUUAAAAAAAAUGUCAGUAUUGGUAUUGAUGAAAAUAUUUAUUGCCUUUGUAUUUCUUAAGUAUUGUGCUCUGUUUGGCCAUUUUUUUUUUAAACCUUGAACUAAAUUUUGUCAAAGGUUUUCCCUGUGUUGCACUACUUUCUAUUUUCUUUGUUUGCUGAUAUCCCAGAUACAUGGGUAUCAAGAUUCCCGAUGAAGGGUCUUGACCCGAAAUGAUGAUUCCCAUCCAUAGAUGCUGCCUGACAUGCUGAGUUCCUCCAGCACUUCCUGUGUGUAGUUCUCUAGAUUUCUAGCAUCUGCAGGUCCUCUC